CAUCAAUGCAGUUACAAGAGAGAGGUAUCGGAUAGAGUUCCAAAUAGGUGACAGUUAAGCCUAGUUGCAGAGCUUGACACAGAUAGGUGAAAUGGUGUCAUUUACGCAAACUGGCGAAGCCUCGGACAGAAUGUGCAAACGGAGGAAAAGGAACAGCGGUUCUCAAUCUCCAUCAAGGGAGAAUUUAUCACCAAACGGAGACCAAAGCGAGGAGACGGCGUGCACCCCUGUGCGGAGACCGCGGGCAGAGAGGGUCAGAAAGCAGAAUAUCAUUUCUAAACUGUCAGAUUCUGGUUUCGAAGAGGAUUUCCUAACUCCAACCCCGACCCCAUCGCAGUUUCGGAAAUGUCAUUGUCCGGUAACAGAUGAAGACUCGCUGGCACCAAGGAGUUCCGACACACUGUUGUUUAAUUGGUAUCAACACUACGGCGAGAUUAGUUAUCAGAUACAGAAACUCAAAGAGCCGCAGUUUCAUCCAGUCAACUGUCUGGUUCGACAACCGCAGGUGACAGCCGAGUCGCGCUGUAAGCUGGUCAGCUGGCUUAUCCCCGUACACCGAUACCUGUGUCUGUCCUUCGAGUGUUGCUGCCUGGCGGUCAACAUCAUGGACCGCUUCCUAGCUUCCACGUCCGUGGCUGCUGACUGCUUCCAGCUGCUGGGAGUCACCGCCCUGCUGCUCGCCUGUAAACAGGUGGAGGUGUUUUGUCCACGGAUCAGCCAGCUCCUGUCUCUGUGUUGUGACGCCUUCUCCAGGGAGCAGCUGUGUAACCUGGAAUGUCUCAUCCUGCUCCGCCUCAACUUCCGCCUAGCUGCACCAACCAUAGCCUUCUUCCUGGACUUCUACACCAAUCACAGCCAGGCUGGCCGGCAUAUGGGCGGGGACGGAGUCAGCAACGUUACCCAUAGGCUGGCUGGGGAUAAGGGUGAGGAAGUGAAGAGGCGAAACAGAGGCAGCGGAUUGGCUCUUAGGGUGUGUGAGCUCACUCUGGCCGACUACGCCUUCAAUAAGUACACACCUUCCCUGACCGCCUGCUGUGCUCUGGCUCUAGCCAAUCAACUGCUGAGAACCAGCCAGGGCCCAGAGGAGCCAGCCAAUCAGCUGCUGAGGAUCAACCCUGAGGGCCCUGAGGAAGAGCCAAUGGACCAAUCCCUGACAUCGGAGCUCACAUAUGGCCACGCCUCCUCGCAAGAGGAACAACAGGGACAACGCUGCUUAUCUGAGAAUGAUCCUGUCCACUCAGAGAAUGACCAUUCCCAUCAAACCUUAUCUGAGACUAGUAAUCACGCCUGUAUUGACAAUGACUCCUCUCUUUCAGUUGUUGGUCACCUCCUAUCUGUGAAUGACUCCACCCAGUCAAUGGAUGACCCUUCCCCAUCUGGGAACACCUCAGCCCUGGUUGAGGGAGACCAGACCCAUGCUCCUCUCGCCCAGGAGUGUAGAGAGGCAGACCAGACUCAUGCUCUCUACCUGGAGUGUAGAGAGGGAGACCAGACUCAUGCUCUCUACCUGGAAUGUUUAGACAACCUUAGAUUGCUGGUGUCACUCAACCAGGAUGCACUGCAGGCCAUGAUAACUCUGUGACAACAUGAUGACGGUUGACACGUUUUACCUAUCUCAGUUGAAUGCACUGUUGUUGAAUGCACCUACAGUAUGUGACUGAAAACGACCUGCGUACCUCAAGAAAUGAAAGGCCAAAUCUUUGAUUUCCAGUCAACAGCGCUGCUACCCCUGCACUUGUGGGGUUGGUGCUUGGCAAUGUAACUGUCACAGACUUAUUUAAAUGAUUUAACUUCUGCAAAUGACAGUUAUCAGAUUGUGCCUACAAACUGUGAACAAUGUCAAUGGACAGCAUUGGCAUUGUAUUGUAUUAUAAUCAACUACUGAUACUAUAGAGUACUGUAUGUAGACGAUGUUUGUAUUGUAUUAUAAUCAAAGUACCGAUACUAUAGAGUACUGUAUGUAGACGAUGUUUGUAUUGUAUUAUAAUCAACGUACCGUUACUAUAGAGUACUGUAUGUAGACGAUGUUUUGACCAAUAUACUGUGGUCUCUAUUUAUACUGCAUUAGGUUCUGUAACUUAUUGAAGUCAUUGUACUGUAAGAUACAUUGAGUGGGUAACCUUCUGUAGCUGUUUCUCCAACUGUCCUGAGAUUGUACUGAUCCUGGAUGCUAUGUUGGCCAAUGUUACAUGGACCAUUCUUGUACCAACUGUCCUGAGAUUGUACUGAUCCUGGAUGCUAUGUUGGCCAAUGUUAGACCAUUAUUGUACCAACUGUCCUGAGAUUGUACUGAUCCUGGAUGCUAUGUUGGCCAAUGCAACAUGGAACGUUAUUGUAUGCAAUAAACAGUGAAGUGACAUACCUUUUCAGCA